GCCUCAUAAACCUCCAAGAGUCCAGCCCACCCCUAAGAGUCCAACCCACUUCUGAGAGUUGAGCCCACCUAGAAGGCACACUUCACAUCGUCCUGUCCGCAAUGGAUCCACUUACCGCAGUAGGGCUUGGGGCCAAUAUCUUGCAGUUUGUACAGCUCGCAGCAACACUCGUAGGGACGGCUCAGGACAUAUACCAAUCCGUGGAAGGUGCCACAGCCCACAACGUGGACUUAGAGGCAGUCGCUGAGACAAUACGAAGUCGCUAUCGACGCUUGCAGCUGAUGGCAGCCAAGCGGAACCUCAAUGCUGACCCAGACGCCGUGCCCGAGACAGACAAGGAACUUGCGAGACUACUUCCCGACUGCGACGUGGUCGCCCGGCAACUACUUGCAGCUUUGGAGAAUGUGAAGCUAAAGUAUCCGAACCGAAGACGCGGAUGGGGGUCAGCUCUCCAAGCUUUCCGGACUGUCUGGAGUGCUGCAGAGAUAAAUGCUUUGCAUGAGCGUCUCAAGGGGUGUGAAUCAAGAGUCCAAACAGCACUCCUCGUUUGUUUAAAAGAAAAAAUUGAUAUGAUUACCGAAGCUCCUCACGGUACCCAGAGGAGAGAUUUACGCGUUUUCAAAGAUGCUAUCAUUCGCGAAGUGCAAGAACUGCGGACAGAGAAUCUGGACUACGCAUUCGGCGCCCGGUUGUUGGCACUUACCGAUGGGGCGUUGCGAGACCAUGUUUUGGGGCGGUUGCGCUUCAACCAUCAAUACGACCGCGAAUACAAGAUAGCAGAAGCUCAUGCUGAGACAUUCAGAUGGGUGUUUGAGCCACCACGAGAUCCCGCAAAGCCUUUUACUAACUUCCAGGAUUGGCUGAAGCAAGACAGCCAACAUGUUUAUUGGAUCACGGGCAAGGCUGGCUCUGGUAAAUCGACUCUAAUGAAGUACAUUGUCCAUGAUCGCCACUGCGAUGAGUUUUUGCGGAGCUGGGCCGGUCCACUUCCUCUCCUUACCACUCGGUUCUAUUUCUGGAAUUCCGGAAGUCAAAUUCAAAUGUCUCAAGAAGGAUUACUGAGGAGCAUUCUUCACGAGGCGCUAACAAAGCGACCAGACAUGAUCCCUAAAGUGCUACCAGAUUUAUGGACAGCAUUUCAGACGUUAAGGUUCAAGGACUCUGCGUGGCUGCUGACGGACCUCAUGAUCGCGUUUGAUCGCCUUGUUGCAUGCGCAACCGAGAACCAUUUCAAAAUCUGCUUCUUUGUUGAUGGACUAGACGAGUUUGAUGGAGACCUCGAGGCUCUCGCAAUCCUCUUUCGUAAGGCUGCAAAAUCACCGAAUGUUAAGGCAUGUCUUUCGAGCCGUCCCUGGGAGGUCUUUGAAGAAGCCUUCCUCACUCUGCCAAGCUUGAGGCUGCAGCAUCUUACCUUUUUCGAUAUCCGCAGUUACGUUACAAGCCACCUCCACGGUCAUUCCGGUUUUCAAGGUUUAGCAAGACGCGAGCCAGCUUUUGCAACCAGUUUAAUAGAAAAUAUCGCCACCAAAGCCUCCGGCGUGUUUCUUUGGGUGUUCUUGACUGUGAAGUCACUUCUAAUUGGUUUCACCAACGGCGAUCGCAUCUCUGAUCUACAAGGGCGAUUGGAUGAGAUACCAGAUGAUCUGCAACUGUUCUACUUGAAGAUCUUUGACUCCAUUGAUCCAGUGUACACCAAACACGCUUAUCAGAUAUUUCAUCUGGUAGAAGCUGCUGAAGGAUCGUUAACCGCAAUGGGACUGUACUACGCCGACCAAGACAUGGAUGGGACUCAACUUAUAAAAUCCGCGCAAGCUGCGAAAAUUACGCCUCUCUCAGCACAAGAAUACAGUGAUAGAUACGAAGCAAUCAACAAACGUCUAAAUAGUCGAUGGAAAGGCCUAUUUGAGAUCGAGGCGCCGCUUUCUGACAUCCUAGGACGUUCUGGGAAUAGAAAGGUUUCUUACUUACAUCGGACCGCAAGGGACUUUCUACGCUCGCCGGAAAUUUUCACUCGAAUGAAGCCAUCAAUUCGAGAUACCGACCUGCAAUUGACUCUUGCUGGAUCCUGCAUAUUUCUGAUGAAG